GGACAACACAGUUCCUGAGACAGCUCUGUCGAGUGGAUCAGCACUUUCUCCAGAGCUGGAAGCAAAGCCCGAGCAUUGACCUCUGAGGAUUGAGAAUGAUUCACCACAGAGCUUUGGAAGGACUCAGAGGAAAAGUUUGUUUUGGUGGAGCUGCAGCCAAACUGUAAGAGGUACUUGGAGUGAAGUGUGUUUCAUUUGAUGUGUAAAGCAUUCUGUUGCCUCAUCACUGAAUAAUGGAGGAGUCUGGAGAUCGGCUGUGUACUUUGAAACUUUUAUUAUGAAUCAUGGAGGAAAACAGUUCAUUCCCGACCCCUGAUUACAAUGACAGCACCGCCGCAUGGCCACCAAUGCCUUCAGCCCCCAGCAGACACCUGGGCACCCUUCCCAACCCCCAGAUGCGCUUCAAGGACCUGACAGGGAUAUUUUUCAUGGUGACCAUGAAUGUCCUGGCACUUCUGGCCAACACUGCUGUUCUGGUUGUUGUCAUAAAAGCCCCUCAUCUCAGGAAAUUUGCCUUUGUUUGUCACCUGUGUGCGGUGGACCUGCUCUGUGCCAUCUUGCUCAUGCCUCUGGGGAUUGUGUCCAGCUCUCCGUACUUUGCUGGCGUGGUGUUUACUAUGCUGGAGUGUCAGGUGUACGUAUUCCUCAAUGUAAUCCUCAUAGCCGCCUCUAUCUUCACCAUCACGGCCAUCAGUGUUGAGCGUUACUACUACAUCGUCCACCCUAUGCGCUACGAGGUGAAGAUGACGCUGAAGCUGACUGCAGCUGUCAUGGUGAUGGUGUGGGUGGCCUCUGCCGUGCUGGGGCUGUCCACUGUGUUUGGGUGGCCGUCCUACAGCCGUCUGAGCACCAUCAGUGCUGCACACUGCUCGCUGCACUGGAGCCACAGUGAUCACAGACGGAUCUUCUCUGUGCUCUUCAGUGUCACAUGCUUCUGUCUGCCAGCUGUUGUGAUUUUUGCUGUCUACUGUAAUGUGUACAAGGUUGCACGUGUGGCCGCCCGCCAGCAUGGACCUCUGCCCACGUGGACAACUAAUCAACUGAAGCUUCGCUCUGACUCAAUAAACAGCCAGACCACCAUCAUUACAACCCGCAACGCCCCGCGCAGGAUCAUGCGUGACCGGCCUUUUGGUGGUGGUAAAGCUGCUCUCACUCUGGUGCUAAUUGUUGGUCAGUACUUGAUCUGCUGGCUGCCUUACUUUGCCUUCCACCUCCACCUGACGCUACAUGCAACACCCAUCAUCCCCGAGGACCUGGAGGAGACAGUUACCUGGCUGGCCUAUUCCUCCUUUGCAGUUAACCCAUUUUUUUAUGGGCUUCUGAACCGGCAGAUCAGGGAGGAGCUUUGUAAACUGAGGCGCUGCUACGCGGCCCGGCCCGUGGAGCUGGCGGCCUCCAGCCACGAGGGCUCAGGCCAGGAGAACUUCCUGCAGUUCCUCCACAGGACCAGCUGCACGUUAGAGACACGAGCAAGCUUUGCCACACCCAGUCCCAGAAACACUCUGGAUCAAACUGGGCAGACCGGAUUCAGGAUACCAGGACAGAUCCCAGAAGAGUUUGGUUAGAUUUAUAUAUACCUCACUGUUUUGCCACAGGGUUAAUACUCUGCUCUGUUAAUACUCUAAAAUAAGCUCAGAUACAGCACCGAGACAUAAACACAGGGUUUUUUCUUUGAUACUUGACACUUUCAUCUUUUCAUCG